UAAAAGUUCAUUAUUUAUAAUUCAUGUAGUAAAUAUUGUUAUCUUAUCAACUAUCAACAUAGGUCAUAGAUUAUUCACCGUUUUUCAUUUUCUAAUUUUAUCGUAAUUUGUCGGCAUAAACGAUGUUCGGUAGAGACCAACGGAGAAAUGAUAAGAACGCAGAUUAUCAGUCAGGCAUGGAGAGGCUAUCUGGUGCGGCCGGUCAUUUUGCUGGAGCGGUGUUGAACGAACUUGGACGUCGUAGCCAACCACCUCAUGUGCCACAACAGUCACGUAAAUCAAAAGCAUGCUCAGGUGAACAGGCGGCAGGCAACAGCCGCAAAGACCAUCGUGUAAGUGCAUGUAACAAAAGAGGACGUCGGUCGCAUGCCUAUGUUAUGCCAUAUAUACAUAAAACUGGUCAUCUCAAGCCAAAUAAUAUAAUCUUCAUCUGCGGAGUACCACGACCAAAGGCGACAAGGUUCACAGUUUACCUGCAGAAUGGCGACAAGUUUCAACCUUCAUUAAUCACGUUUUGUUUUGAUGUACGAUUUUCUUACGGCUACGAUAGAAACUGCAUUGUACGAAACCAUAAAGAUGGUGGGUGGGGUAUGGAAGAGAGGCAGAUUGGGUAUUUCCCAUUUAAAACUGGUGAACAUUUCGAGAUGAUCAUUUUGGUUGAACAGGGCUGUUUCAAGGUGGCCGUAAACGACAAGCAUAUGCUACAGUUCAAUCACAGGAUCCGGCAACUCGACCGUGUCGAUACCCUUCGCAUUGAUGGUGACGUCACACUUACCCAGGUUAGGAUCCAGACUUGAAGUGAAGAUAAAAACGCAUCAUGCAUCUCAAUAAAUGUUAUUAAAUUAUUAUUUUUGCAUGUUGAAAUGAUUUGAAGAAAAAAUCGUGACUGAUAAAUUGCGAAACGGUUGUGAUAACGAGAAUUAGUAUCAUUAUUUUCAGUAUACAAGACUACAAUUUCAACACUACAAUUUUGAUCACAACUAUCCUCAAGACUACCAUUUUGAUAACAACUAUUCUUAAGACUACCAUUUUGAUCACAACUCUUUUUAAGUCUACAAUUUUAAUCAAAAUUAUUGUAAAAACUACCAUUCUGAUAAAUACUCUUCUGAACACAACCAUUUGGUUUGUUUUCAAAAUUAACGGCAUGAUGAAAUAAUAUCUUUAGUUAAAAGAUAAUAAACGUUCGUUCUGUU